GACGCAGACGAAGAAAAAGGCAAAGAUGGCUGCCUCCGUUCAGUGAGGGGGACAAAUACACGUUUAGACUCUUGGAGACCACAUAAUAUUAUAAUACAUCUGUAAAGACAAUGUUUUUAAAACACAGCUUGAUGUCAGCGGCAUCGGCAGUGCGAACAUGGAGUGUUGUGUCGUGUGUGAAACACGGUGGUGUUGUAGUGCAGCUCGGUCACUGCAGCUCCAGGGGACAGCAGCGCUGUGGCUACUUCACCUGGAUGGCGUCGGGUUCAGCUAAAAGAAAUGAAACCUGCACAAGCCGGCCAGUGAGACAGUAUGCCCGAGCUGCCCAAAAAAAGUCAGAAUUUCAGAGUCAACUACAAGACCUGCCAGCAUCAAUGCUGAAACUAGAAUAUGCUUCUGUUCCACUGGCUCACACGGUUGACGGUGUGGUGAAGAAACUUCUCUCACUGGAGCUUGCAAGUCAUAGUGAACGACUCCGCCUUAAAGAGAAAGAGCUGAUUGCAAAGGUCCAGAGACAUGAAAAUGAUCGCAACUCAACAGAGGUUAAGGUGGCCAUUCUAACGGCACGAAUACGCAAUUUUCAGGAGCACUUACAGAAGCACUCUAAGGACAAAGCGAACAAGAGGUGGAUGUUGAUGAGCAUUGACCGCAGGAAGAAAUUGCUCAAAUACUUGAGAAGGUCACGAUAUGACGCUUUUGAGAAGGUCUGUGCAGAACUGGGCAUCACAUACACCUUCCCACCAGAGUAUUACAGACGGGCAACCAGACGCUGGCUGGCUAAGAAAGCCCUCUGCAUCAGGGUCUUCAAAGAGGUCCAGAAAAAAAAGGUAGAGAAGAGAAAUAAGGCUCUAGCUCAGAAUAAGCCUAGGAUCACAACAUCUAACGCUACAGAAUCCCAGGGGACUCCAGUAUAACAAAAUACACAAAAAUCAAAAAUUGUCUAACUGUUAUAUCAUGCAAUAUGACUAAUAAAAUCUGCAGAGAACUAAA